GACGGUGCCAAAUGACGCACUUUCUGACCUGCGCGAGAUCAAAAAAUGCGACAUGAUUUUCUGUUGCUUUACCGAACGCGCCGCUCACCUGGCCUACCUUGACUUAAAAACUUAAACGCCUCGCCAACACAUGAACUAGAUAAUCUUGUAAUAUCACAACAUCACGUAUCAAGAUUGAUAUUUUGGACAAAGGACAAUGUCAACCAAAGAAAAGCGCGCAGAAAUCCUCAAAGCAUAUUUCGACAAGCCGAGCGUCAACCCCGCGCCCAUAAUCACAUCUCUAAAUGGCGACAACUCGUGGAUGUUCUCCAUUCCAGUGCCAACAAGGCACCGGAAACCCAACACAUCUCCUUAUUACCACAUAGUGUCGGAUCCGUGGCUGACGGGUCCACCAACCACCGGCUUCAUCGCAUGGCUCAUAUCUUUUGGCCACGUCAGCCCACCGGCCGCGUCGUCGGGAGCCGACGUUGAGGUCAUUUGCGCCGAGAUCGACGCCGCAGCAGGCUUCAGUCCAGCCGCCUCAGAUCAGAAGAAAUCUCGCAUCGGCGCCAUCAUCCUGGGCUACAAUACUCCUGAUCACGUCAGCACUCGGUCGCUCGCCACAUUUGACCCGACGAUCCCCGUGCUGGCCGUGCCGGGCACCGACAAGACGAUCAAGGCCAUGGCGCAUUUCGACACGGUCGUGACGCGAGCACAGAUGGCUGAAGAGAUACGGGACUGGCGGGGCUGCAUCGACAAACAAAACCCGACGCAGCUGUUACCGCCGUGGAUUUGGACCUUUGGCGCCAAGGGCGACAACUCCCUCAUGUCUGUCGGGGUGGUCGCCUGGGAGACGGAAGCGUCUGCAGACGCCUGCGACGCCAUCCUCGACGGGCCGCACGGCAUCCGCACCGGCAGCGCGGGCGCGCAGGCCCUGGGGCAGGCCAGCCCGCCGCUAAGGUUCCUGGCCAUGCUGCACCCGACCAAGGAGAGCUACACGCUGUGGUUUAGGAACAUACACGGCGGCGCGAGCGGCGCGGAGCUCGCGGCGCUCAUCAGGGCCAGGGUUUGGAUCCCGACGCACGACUCCAUGUAUACCUACAGCGGCCCCGUCGGCCGUCUCGUGUUCGAGUCCCUGGGUGACGAGGGUAAGCUCGCGGGGGACGGGACGGAUGGGAGGCCCGAGAUUGUGCACGUGGGCAACGGGUUGAGCUACCCGCUGGAUACCAGGGCGACGUGAAGAGACAGACAGGGAGAUGGAGAGAGGUCAUAAAUGGAUUUUUUGGGGUCUGUGUGGUCUUGGUCUUUCUUUUUUUUUUCCCUUUCUGCACAGAUACCUCGUGUCUCCUUCCUCUUUUGGUUUGGCCAACUUGGCAAGCCUUGUCAACCGUGUUGCGGUUUGACAGUUUCAACUGCCGAAACGAACUCAUUUGAGAGGCCCAAAUUCGAACAAACGUGCGCCGCCCUGUAUUUGCACCCACAGACAAAAGUCGAACCAUUUUCAACCUAUCAAAAGCGCACAGAAGACAAAAAGACUGUGAGGUUGGUUGGGCAAUAGUAAAGCCCGUUCCCCUGCCAGAAUCGUGUGUCAAAAAUGGAAAGACAUGUCCAAGAGGCGAAAAGGCUGAGCAAACCCGGGGAAAAUGCUCCUCUCCUCUUCCCCAAAGUCAAUUCAAUUUGCCAUUUGCUGCCAGGUUUGGAUCAGAUGAUGCCAAUAAUUUUGGUGAGCGCCUGGUGGUCCCGCCACUUGAAUCCUUCCAUCCACCUACAGUAGAUGCCUGCUUAGGGGAUUCUACAUACCUUGCUUGGCCGUCUAUGAACUUCAGCUUCCUCAUUUGCAGGAUUCUUCUCUUUUUUAGCGACGGCGGCAAAGAAAAAAAAAUCCCAGCAAUACGCCGACAAAGCCAGGGAUUUUUAUUACAACGAGGGAUUCCCAAUCGGCGCUCGAACUGAAACGAGACGGAUUCGCUUUGCACGUGAGCGGAUGCCUGGGAAAUACGAGAGUUUUGCGCUUGACUGAUUGGACAACCGGCG